AUGCGUGACUUUCAUCAAAUCUCUCUCAGUUCACGUCACACAGCUGGAGAAAUAGAGGCACGUUCUCUAGUAGUCGACAUUUAUCAAGUUCGUUUAUGGAAACUACUUCAUAAAGCCGAUAAACAAGAUACUGCGGCAAUCUAUGAUGUUUUUAAAUGUAGUAUCAAUGAAUUAUUGCAUACUAUUGUUGCACUUUAUGAUUCAACAUUGCCUGAUAUUGGCACUGAAACAAUCUAUAGUACGAUUUGUAACAAAAAAGUUGUAACUGUUCUUGUUGCUAUUGGUAAAAACAAUAAUCCAACGAAAUCAAUCGUGAAAAAACCAUCGAAAAAGGAUCAAAUCAUUGAUGAAGAAGAUUGUCUUGAUAAACUUUUAGAAGAUAUUGAUUCUCCUGAUAGUGUAUUUAAAAAUAAACUAGUCUUUGCAUAUAGAGACGAAGACGAUGAUAGUACGGAAGAAAAGAAAAGUGACGAUGACGACAGUGAGACUGACUAUUCAAUUGGAAUUGGAAAAUUUUUAGAAAAAGUUAAAUCGUGUUCAAUUACUGUUCAACAAAAGCUAAUAGCGUGCGCCACAUUUCAAAAAGUGACAACAGCUCAGCAUCCCUUUCAAGAGGAAAACGUUAUCGAUCUUCAGCUAAUAGCUUGUAGAAAAAAAUAUCGUAAUAAUGGUAUAGGACGAUAUUUAGUCAAAUUGUUAAUGGAUCAUGCUUAUAUUGGAGAUUAUGACGCCGUUGUUACGGCAGCAGAUCAGGAGGCAAUCGAUUUUUACCGUAAAUUCGGUUUUACAGAAGAUGCAAUACUCACGAGUAAAUAUAAGCAGCGGACAAUGUUUAGUGGUUAUCAGAAUCAAGCUGCUUUAUUUAAUCGUUUGAAAAAUGAAAUGAUUGGACUCUAUGCAAAGAUUAACGCACAAGAAUUGACGAUAACAUCAUUAUAUAAAGAAAAUACAUCAUUGAAAGCACAACUGGCAAAACUAGGACAAAGACGAGAAGAUAGAGGAGACGAUGAAGAACCGCACAAUGAAGACGAAAAUAGUAUUUGCGAUCAUUUUUUAACAGAGCAGUUAGAAAAAGUAUCAUUACAAGGCGAACAAUCUCUUAUCGCUCAAAUGUCUUUAUUAAUGGACGAUGAUUGCAAUCAACAAUUAGCAAUUGACUAUAGUUCAUCUAUGUUAACAAAUUCAAAUAUGUAUCGAAUAAAAGCGAAAAAGAUUCGAGUCGAUUCAGCGUCAAAUGCACUUUAUCAAAGUGCUCGUUCGUCGUUACAAGGACAGAAAAAUGAAACGUUGCUAUUUUACAGUGGUCAUUCAGAUCAUCUGGAUGUAGUUGCGGAUGCCGGUUUUACGAGUGAAGAUUUUGUUUACGGAAAUUUUGGUAAAGGACUUUAUUUCAACUCAAAUAUUUGUGAUUGUCUAGUUAAAAAUAUUGGAGAAAUACAAAAAGUUUUAUUAUGCAAAGUAGCAUUGGGCAAAAUUGACGAGAUAAUGAUUAAUUCUACAAAUAAAAUUAGCUCAACAAGAAAAACGGGUUUCGAUUCAGUGAAGAUUUUGAGUACCAAAAAUUCCAAUUCUGCUAACAGUUUUAAGAGUGAGCAUGUUAUAUUCAGCGCACAUUUAGCAAUACCGUUGUUUCUACUGACAUUUCAACCAGCGAACUAG